GCUGUGCAGCCUGUCGCUGGAACUGGACACACUCGGAUCUGUCCUAUCGUCUGUGUCGCUGCGGAGAUGGAAGCAGGGGGGCAAAUCAAGUCAGUGUCGUAGAUGCUCCAUAUAACCAUCAGUCCGAGUGUGAGCUGAGGUUUGUUCUUCAUCGAGCGGGUAAUCUACUCUUUUUCCUGGCACCUCCCUCGGUAACACUGCCUGGAGGUCGCAAGCUAAGGGCCGAGGCUGAAGCAUCGUCGCCCGCUUCUGCUGCUCUGUCGAACUUGCCCAUCGCACUGCGCAUCUUUUCCUCUUAAAGCCGAAGGAAAAGAGAAAUUAGGGAAUCCAAGAAGCCUCGCUUUUGCAUCCGUGUCGUGCUCUGCCUGUCGGCGGAGCAUGCUAUAUAAUGAGCCAAAAGGACACACUGGUUCAUUUAUUUGCUGGAGGAUGCGGAGGAACGGUGGGCGCUAUUCUGACCUGUCCAUUGGAGGUGGUGAAGACUAGACUGCAGUCCUCCUCUAUCACGCUAUAUGUUUCUGAAGUCCAGCUCAGCACUGUUAAUGGAGCCAGUGUGGCCCGCAUGGCCCCCCCUGGGCCCAUGCAUUGUCUCAAGUUGAUCCUGGAGCGAGAAGGGGCUCGCUCUCUCUUCCGAGGAUUGGGACCAAACCUUGUGGGUGUUGCUCCUUCCAGGGCCAUUUACUUUGCAGCAUAUUCCACGGCUAAGGACAAACUGAAUGGAGUGUUUGAACCAGACUCUACCCAGGUGCACAUGGUGUCUGCUGGGAUGGCAGGGUUCACAGCCAUUACAGCCACCAACCCCAUCUGGCUCAUAAAGACUCGAAUGCAGCUGGAUGCCAGAAACCGCGGGGAACGACGCAUGAAUGCACUGGACUGUGUGCGGCGGGUGUACCAGAUGGAUGGACUCAGAGGAUUCUACAGAGGCAUGUCAGCCUCAUAUGCUGGUAUUUCUGAGACUGUGAUCCACUUUGUCAUUUACGAGAGCAUCAAACGUAAACUGCUGGAGUCCAAAGCCCACACCAGCAUGGACGAAGAGGAUGAGGCUGUGAAAGACGCCUCAGACUUUGUAGGAAUGAUGCUUGCAGCUGCUACCUCGAAAACCUGCGCCACAACCAUUGCUUAUCCACAUGAGGUUAUCCGCACACGACUACGAGAGGAGGGCAGCAGGUAUCGCUCUUUCUUUCAGACUUUAUUGACUGUUCCCAAGGAGGAAGGAUACCGAGCAUUGUAUCGUGGCCUGACCACUCACCUGGUCCGACAAAUCCCCAACACAGCCAUUAUGAUGUGCACCUAUGAAGUAGUGGUGUACCUGCUCGGGCGCUGACGAGGAGGCUUGUUCAAAGACCAAAGUACUUGAGCAUACUAGAGACAAAGAACUUUUUUUUUUGUGUAAAACAUUUUUGGUCCUUUAGUUCAUCAACAUUUAUUUCUAGUACCAUUUAUUAUGAUACUGGAUCAGAAGGUUCAACACUAGUAACUGAAGAAUAGAGGACUAGAGUUCACAGAUACAUGGCGAGGAGUGUGAGACUAGACUCCAUGGUACCUCUAUAGGAAAAAGCACACAUCAGUGGCCUUAACUACGUUUAAAGCUUACAAUGCAGCCUUUUCCUCUGGUGCUCUUGAUAAUGUGAAUGGGAGACACCUGAAAAUCUUUUUUUGUAUUAUUAUAUUGUUACUUCAUUGUCCAAUAUUAGUCUGAAGGCGACACACACCAAAUUUCAUUCACAAAACUAUUGGAAUGUGUUAACAUGAUGUAGUUAAAUAACAUUUGUUAUGAAAAAAUGGUCUGUAAUUGAGGUAAUUUAUUAAAUAUUUGGUCUGUUACUAAGCACAUGCUAAAUGCAAUUUGUAAUUUUCCUUAACUGUUUAAGAAUUUGCUCUUAAUAUGUGGACAAUUGGCAAUGGUACUUUUUAUUAUUAACUUAGCCCUUUUUGAUUUUGCAGUACUUUAUUUUACUGUGAAGGAGAAGGAAAGAAUGCACAGUUAUUAGAAGUACAGUAGCUUGUGUGAGGUCACCAUUUUAAUGAAAAUGUUUCUCUGCAUGUGCAAUAAUUUACAUCUAUUCAGAUGGCCCUCUUCUAACAAUGAUUUGGAACGACAGAGUGUUGAAGAGCUUCUGUACAAGAAUGACAGCUUUUCUGCCACUUUGCCAGUUCUUCUUUUCUAGUGACUUCCAAUUUACCUUAAAACAUGCACUUUUCGGGCUUGUGCUUUGCUUUUUGUGUGUGAAAAUUUAUGAAAAAGUAUUAUUGAAUAUUAAAAUUGUAUUUUGUGCAACAUAUAUGGCAGAUAUAUUGUAAAGCUUUGAAUUCUCUGUAGCAGUGAAGGAUGUCCAUAUGUUUGUAGACAAUGCUGUAGAUGUAUGCAUAUCACUCAUAAGGUCCUCAUUAUUCACUUGCCAUUUGCAAGAUAUUUUUUGAUUAUAUAGAUUUUUUUUACGUACUGGUUUUAACUGUUAACUGCCAUGUGAAAUACCAGUGUGAAAAUGAUUUGAUUGUUUUGCUGACGAUUUUGCUAAGACAUUUUUGUGUUUACAUUUGUUCUGACAUUCAUUUCAAAAUGUUGUAGUAUUGUUAUCUGUUCAGUAUUUUAUUUUGAGACAUUUGGAGACUAAAUGUAAAAAGUUGUUGUGAAAAUUACUUGUGAAAUUCAAACAUUAACAAACCCUUUUAUCACUAGGCUGGUUAUCUAUAAAGUAGUACUGUGAUGUCUGACUAAAUUCAGCCAGUUGUGUGUUUACCAGCAAGCAGAGGUAUGUACUGAAUACCAUCACAUUCAAUUUUGGUUAUGUUUGGUCUCCUUUAUGUUUCUAUGUGAAAUUAUUUUAAAGCAUUCUGUAAAAUCACUAAUGAUCCCUCAGAUGUGCAUUGUUUCUACAUAGCCCCAAAUAUGGGGGCAUUUCAUGUAAUUAUCGUCUGUGUUUAUUUGUCUUGAUGUCUGUUUCCAUUUGGGCAACUGAAAUAUUUUGUCAUUUUUGAUUUGACUUGAUUUUGUUUUAAUAAAAGAAAAUGCAGGUA